UGUGUGGCAAAGAUGCUGGGGUCCCUGCACAGCCGGCAAGCUCCCCGACUGCAGGGCCAGGAGGGCGGCAGAGGGAGAGACGGCCGCAGCCGCCCCAGUGGUGUUGAGGAGGCGUGCUACAUCCAGCUGCCGAGAGUCGACGAGGGCGACGCUGCCGCACAGCAGGCCAUCCACCACACACAGACGGGCCAUCCCAAGGUCACCUUGCAAUGCUCCUAGUGCACCUCUGCGUGUCUGGCCAUCGGCCUCUGAUGUCUGUGUCCCUCCCUCCCUCAAGGCAUUGCAGAUGUCAGCGUCGGCCUCGAGUGACCAGGUCCCUCUGCUGCAGGACGAUGAGCAAGGGCUGAUGGAGCCCCAGCUGCCGGACGUCACCGAUGACAUCGCCAAGGCACCGAGACGCAUCGAACAGGUCUAUGGCUGUGAUGCCGACAGCGGCACGAGGUCACUCUCUGAGUGGUCUGUUGGACGUCUGUGUGUCAUCUGCAGGUGCCCCUGGUGGGUGCCCCGGCCGCCGACGAUUGGGAACCGACUCAGUCGCUGAGAGACAGCAUCAAAGAGGUCAUCUAUGAAUCAGAUGCGGAGGGUCUGCGGAAGGCCCUCGCCGAUCUCUCGCCUGAGCAAGUGGAGAAGGUGCUGACGACUGGAGAAUGGAAAUGGCGCUCGGAGGACUCUGCCAUCCACUAUGCCGCACGUAUGCAUCAUCGCAUCACUACACACACAUGAUGCAGCUACGUGAUCUCUGUGUGCGCUUCUCAGAGAAGUGUAAGGAUGUGGCUGUGUUUGAGGUGCUGCUGGACAACCGACGCCACCUGCUCAACCUGAAAGACAAGGUAUCGUGCUCGACACUUACACUCAUUCUGCUUAUUCGCCCGAUCGGUGUCUUCACUGCAAUCUUCAUGCUGUGUCUGUAGGGUGGCAGGACGCCUCUUCAUUUGGCAACAAGAGAAGGGUCAGAUGAUGUUGUGUCGAAGUUCAUCGAGUGGGGCGGGAAGGAACUGCUGGAAGCUAAAGACAUCGUAAGGACGAGGGAAUGUCGAGUGGUGCAUUGAACACCAUGUGUGUCUUGUUCAUGCUGUGAUUCAGGAUGGCAACACGCCUCUUCAUUUGGCAGCAGGGAGCGGGUCAGUUGAUGUCGUGGAGAAGUUCAUCAAGUGGGGCGGAAAGGAACUGCUGGAGGCUCGGAACGAGGUGAGGACGAGGGAGUGUCGAGUGGUGCAUUGAACAGCAUGUGUCUCUUGUUCAUGCUGUGAUUCAGAAUGGCAACACGCCCCUUCAUAUGGUAGCAACAGGUGGUGUUGUGGAGAAGUUUGUUGAGUGGGGCGGAAAAAAACUGCUGGAAGCUCGAAACACCGUAUGGACCAGGGAACGUCGACUUAUGCAUUGGACAGCAUGUGUGUCUUGUUCAUGCUGUGAUUCAGCAUGGCGAGACGCGAGGCGUGAAAGCACAAGAUUUGAACGUUCAGCAUCUCAAGGAGGUGGUGCCUUCCGCAAAGGAGUUCCUGAAGGAGCACUCUGAGUCGCUGGGCCUCGACAGCCUUCGCUGCUGUGCCGUCUUUCGCCAACUGAUGAAAUUGCGCCCCAAGGACUCCCUCACAGAUGACCUUGCCAAUUUUUCCAACUGGCAGGAGGUAAACAAUGACGGACACACAGAGCACAGCAGUCUUCACCUCUGCACUGACUGGCCAAUCUAUUCAGGCGCUCACAGCCAAUUUCUGCAGCGAUACAGAUUGGUAUCGCUUCAAGUGGUCACUUACAGGCAAAGAGAGAGAAUGGUUUGCAACGCUCGAGUCUGCGGAGCCCCUCUCUGUCGUCACCCAAGGUAAGCCGCACAAGCGAUCUCCUCGUUUCUCUGUCGGUCCGCUCAUGUCUCCUCCGUCUCUCUGUCAAUGAUUGUGACAGCCAACUGCAUCUCUCUCGUAACAAGGCAUUGGCAGAAAAACUACGAAAACUGGAGGCUUCAGCUGUCACCCCGUGAAGUGUUCUUCAGCCGCGUGCUGUCAAUGCUGCUGAUGUGAGACCACAGCCAUGGACAACGAUGCAGGCAGAGAGAAGCAUCUCUGUCUGUCUGUGUGUGUUGC